AUGUCAAAUGCAUGGAAUGAAGAUAAUACCGAGAAAUUAAUAGCAUUUUAUGGGCAAUAUCAAUGUUUGUGGAAUCCAUUCCAUCCCGAGUUCAAUAAUAAAUCAUUGCGUUAUGAAGCAUAUAAGAAGAUAAAAAAUUCCAUUAAUAUUCCUGGAUUAACAUUAUGUGAUUGUAUUAAUAGGAUUGCAAAUGUAAAAAAAGAAUACUGUUACGAACUAUCAAAAAUUGCUGCAGCUAUAUCUUGCGAAAAAUUAUACGCGCCAAAAGCGAAAUGGUUUAAAAGAAUGCAUAUGCUUUUCUUCCCAUACAUGCCGUUAUCUCAUAAUAAUUUUAGAAAGUACAGAGAUACCGUUCAUUCUGCUCAAAAAUUGCAAGAUGCUUUUGUUCCUUCUACAACUACUCAAACGGUUGACGUAGCGACAGAGACGAGUAUUGGUACUGUAGAACAAGAAACGCAAACGGAUUUGCUUCAUGAACGAAAAUACAUCGCAGGCAACAAUAAAGGAAAACAGGAUCGUUCUACAUGCACAGAUAUUCCUGUAGAAGUGCAUGGCAGAAAAAAAAUUGAAGAUAACUUUGACAUAUUCGGAAAAAGUAUAGCGUUUCAAUUACGAACUAUUGAUAUUCAGUCUGCUGUGGAAUUGGAAAAGGAAAUACAAAAUUUGGUAACAAAAGCGCGAUUAAAAAUUUUAAAAUCUAAAUUAAUGGAUCAGAGUAACAACUUAAUCUGUUGUUGCGAUUGUAACGACUGUGAAGUAAUUUGUAAUGAUGAAAAUUGUAGUUGUGGUCUAACACUAAAGGAAUGUUUAUUACUUGCUAAAAUCAAAGAAAACGAGAAUUAUGAUAGAUUUUGUUACAAGUAA